GCGGCCAUGGCGCGCUGCUGCUCGGUGCUGGCGGCCUUCCUGUUCGAGUACGACACGCCGCGCAUCGUGCUCAUCCGCAGCCGGAAAGUGGGGCUCAUGAACCGGGCGGUGCAGCUGCUCAUCCUGGCCUACGUCAUCGGGUGGGUGUUUGUGUGGGAAAGGGGCUACCAGGAAGUAGACUCUGUGGUCAGCUCCAUUACUACCAAAGCCAAGGGCGUGACUACAACCAACACUUCUCAACUUGGAUUCCGGAUCUGGGAUGUGGCCGAUUAUGUGAUUCCAGCUCAGGAGGAAAACUCCAUCUUCAUCAUGACCAACCUGAUUGUCACCAUGAACCAGACGCAAGGCUUCUGUCCCGAGGUUCCAGACAGCACCUCGACGUGUGAGUCGGACGCCAACUGUUCUGCUGGCUCCACAGGCACCCACAGCAACGGAGUCGCAACAGGAAGAUGCGUGCCCUUCCAAGGGACCGUGAAGACGUGCGAGGUGGCAGCCUGGUGCCCGGUGGAGUAUGACGCAGAAGUGCCGAGACCUGCUUUUUUAAAAGCUGCAGAAAACUUCACCCUCCUGGUUAAGAACAACAUCUGGUAUCCCAAAUUUAACUUCAGCAAGAGAAACAUCCUUCCCAACAUCACCACCUCCUACCUCAAAUCGUGCAUUUACGACGCUGUCACAGAUCCUUUCUGCCCCAUAUUCCGUCUUGGCAAAAUAGUGGCGGAUGCAGGGCACAGCUUCCAGGACAUGGCCAUCGAGGGCGGCAUUAUGGGGAUCCAGAUCAGAUGGGACUGCAACCUGGACCGAGCCGCCUCGCACUGCUUGCCCAGGUAUUCCUUCCGCCGCCUGGACACCCGGGACCUGGACCACAACGUGUCCCCCGGCUACAAUUUCAGGUUUGCCAAGUACUACAAGGACCUGGCUGGCACCGAGCACCGCACCCUCAUCAAGGCCUACGGCAUCCGCUUCGACGUCAUCGUGUUCGGCAAGGCUGGGAAAUUUGACAUCAUCCCGACCAUGAUCAAUGUGGGCUCUGGCUUGGCGCUCUUGGGAGUGGCGACAGUGCUGUGUGACAUCAUCGUCCUCUACUGCACGAAGAAAAGAUACUACUAUCGGGAGAAGAAGUACAAAUACGUGGAAGAUUACGAGCAGGGUAUCAGCGACAGCGAGAUGGACCGGUGAUGCCUACCCCACUCCUGGCUCCCCACUGCCCUCGUCGAAGCGGAGUGGAGAGCGCAGAGAAGGGAGCAAAGGCUGCCAGGGCGCCCUGGAAAGCUCGGGAUUCCGAGUCAGUCUCCACCCUGCAAGGGCUUCAGGGUGGCCCAGCUGCCAUGUGUUGUAGGAUGUGCAUCGGAAACCCGUCUGUUCUUGGCUGGGUCCCCUCUGCCGUUCCUUCUACUUGGGGUCCUUUGGGUGGCUGGGGCCCAUGGGCUGGGGGCCUUCUCCAGGGCCAGCAGCUCUGUCCCAGUACCUUGUACGGAGCGCGAGGACAUGGGGGCGCGGGCCCCAGCGCGGGGCCGCUCCUCUUCCCCCACCAGACUUUGUCCGCGCAGUCACAAGGCAGAGGUCGUGUUUCUCUUUUGAGAAGAGGUAUGUUGAGAUGAUUGAGGACCAAACAUUAAAACAAGUGAUUUU